GGAGAGGAUAUAGUUCCCGCUGUUUGACACUUCUCUGUUCCUCUGGCCCGGGACUGUCCUCUCCACGAUGGUGUGGCUCUCCAGAGACCCCAGCGUGGCGGCUCUGAUGGUGACAAUGAUGGUGCUGAGCCCGCGGCUGGCUUUGGCCAGGGACUCCAGAGCGACGUUCUUCGAACAACUUAAAUGUGAGUGCCACUUCUACAACGGGACGCAGCGGGUGCGCUACGUGGAGAGAUACAUCUACAACGGGGAGGAGAACGCGCGCUUCGACAGCGACGUGGGCGAGUACCGCGCCGUGGACGAGCUGGGCCGGCCCGACGCCCCCUACUGGAACGGCCAGAAGGACAUCCUGGAGGAUGCGCGGGCCGCGGUGGACGCCUACUGCAGACACAACUACGAGGUCUUCAGGAGCUUCGCUGUGCAGAGGAGAGUGCAGCCCAGGGUGACAGUGCACCCUGCCAAGACCCAGCCCCUGCAGCACCACAACCUGCUGGUCUGCUCCGUGGACGGGUUCUACCCCGGUGCCAUUGAAGUCAGCUGGUUCCUGAACGGCCACGAGGAGACGGCCGGGGUGGUGUCCACAGGCCUGAUCCGGAACGGAGACUGGACCUUCCAGACGCUGGUGAUGCUGGAGACGGUGCCUCGGAGAGGAGAGGUUUACACCUGCCGGGUGCAGCACCCGAGCCUGCCGAGCCCCGUGUCCGUGGAGUGGAGGGCACAGUCGGGGUCUGCGCAGAGCAAGAUGCUGAGUGGAGUCGGGGGCAUCGUGCUGGGCCUGCUCUUCCUCGGGGCGGGGCUCUUCAUCCACUGCAGGAGCCCAAAAGGACAUCCUGGAGUUCCGCCCACAGGACUCCUGAGUUGAGGAGACGGUGACGACGCUGAAGGAAGGACUGUGUCCUGGACGUCCACGCCAUGGAAGCCCUUCCUGCUGGGCCGUUCUUCCACUGGGACAGCGCCUUCCCGUGCCUGGCUCCCUCCUGGCUCUGGCCUCACCGACGCUGGGCUCCCUGGCGGAUGCUCAGCCCCAACCUCAACCUGGAAGCCGCAGUGCAGGCUGCAGCCCUUUCUCUUCAAAAUGCCCAGGUCCCUUUCUGUUCAACCCUUUCUUCCUUCUCCUCUUCUGAGCUCUUCCUGUGCCCCAGUCUUUUUAUGCUUUCAUAAUAAACAAGGAAAUAAAAUCA